AUGCCCACUACUCCGGAGUCUCCUGAACACGCUGGAGUGGGUAACAGCGGGAAGAGGCCCAGCAGGUGGCAGCAGUGCACCAAACAUCUCAGCUGUCCAGAUCCACACAGCUCCAUCAGCAGAAGAAGCGGAGGAGGCACUGAUCGGUCAGUAGAUCCUCACCUGGAGAGUCCAACACUGAGAGACCUACAGAGCCCAGACCAAAGGAUGAGCAGCGUUAAAGAGGAGUGUGAGGAUGUCAGUGUGAUGGAGGCGACUGGACUGAUGAAUGAAGACCAGCAGAUGGACAAAGAAGAGGUUUUACAAGACAACAUCAAAGAGGAGCACAACCCGGAAGUGAAGCCGUUUCAAGAAGAUUCCAGCUCACAGGAAUGUCUUGAAAACUCUGAGCCUGGAAUCAGCUUCAGUGACUCGUCCCACCCAAGAAUUCAUACCGGAGAGGAACCCUUCACCUGUUCACAGUGUGGGGAGAGUUUCAGCUAUGAGAGAUCUCUGAAACGGCACCUGGACGUCCAUGAAGGAAAGAGACCUCAUCAGUGCUCUCAAUGCGAGUGGAGCUUCAAGAGUGUAUCACAUUUAAGAGAACAUAAGAAGACUCACACGGUGGAAAAGCCAUUCUCUUGCUCCCACUGUGGAUGCAGCUUCAAGCGUUUGCCGGAUUUACGACGUCAUGAAAGGACUCAUCUUGGAGAUACAGGAGAAAAGCCAUUCUCCUGCUUUCAGUGUGGUAAGAGUUACCUGGUUUCAAGCCAACUGAAAGCCCACAUGAUGAUCCACACAGGUCCAAAGCCAUAUACAUGCUCUGAGUGUGGAAAGGGUUUUUUAAUCCCAAGCAAGCUCAAAGCCCACACAAUGACUCAUACCGGAGAAAAGCCGUUCACCUGUUCCGAGUGCGGAAAAAGUUUUUCGAGAUCGGCCAACCUUAAAAUCCACAUGCUGAUUCAUAGCGGAGAAAAGCCAUUUGGGUGCUCUGAGUGCGGAAAAAACUUCUCAUCAUUCAGCAAUCUUAAAACCCACAUGAUAACUCAUACUGGAGAGAAGCGCUUCACCUGCUCUCUGUGUGGAAAGCAGUUUUCCAGAUUAUCCAACUACACUGUCCACAUGAGGAUUCAUACAGGAGAAAAACCUUUCUACUGCCACCUGUGUGGAAAAAGCUUUCGGCAGAUAGAUCAUCUAAAGAAACACCAGGAGAGCGUCCAUGAAAGAGUUUAAGCCUUUAGAUCAACAUAUGAAACUUACUUUAAAAAAAGGACUGAAGGAUUGAGAGUUAACGUUACAGCAUCUGUCCUGAGAAUUAACAGUAAUGGUUACAUAAUUGGACACAAUCUAGUUGCCAAAGGGAUUCGUUUGCUUUUAUUUAAGCAUGUUCUUAAGUGUGUUCUUUAGAAAGGUCCUAAGAAAAAGUCUACGUCAGAUUCAUGAUGUGUUCUUAAAGCGCAGAACUGUUCUCACCUUUGUGCUCUUGUGUGUGUAGAUUCUGUUCUUACCUAAGAACAAAUGUCAAAUAAGAAAGCACUGGUGAAUGUCAGAAUCUUUGUCGGUUUUAAGAAGAACUUUCUUUUUAAGUACGGUUGGUGAUUGAGGCCCACUGUUACUUCCACACCUGCAUACUACCUCCACCAUGUAUGAAUGUUGGUGUGAUGUUCCUGUUGUAAAAUACAGAACUUCCAGUGCCGUAUCCAGUCUAGGGUCAGGCCGUGACAGACAAAUGGGUGUGAGCUCUCUCCCCAGACCUGCUGCCAGACCAGACAACAAAAUGUAGUUACAGUAUGUUAUAGGUGAAGUUUGGGGGAAGGAACUGAAAACCUUCCUUCUUCCAGUCUAACAGCCUAUAAAUUCACAUCCUCACUUCCGUUCCUGUGACGAAGUGUUCACAAUCCCCACCAACCUAUCAUCUCCCUAUUCCUCUGUCCUACAUCAGUCCGACUACAGCUGUAUGAGGAGGUCUGGCUUUCGAGCUACAGGUAGAAGAUGCCCAGAACUCCAGCCCAAAUUCUCAGAGUUCUCCCCACUCUGUCAAUUGGGCUUCCCUGAACCUCACAAACACCAUUUAGAGCAGGUCAAUUUUCUUCAAAAGCUCAAUAUCUGGAGACACUUCAGACAAGGGAUUUUCAAAGCUGUGCCAGUGCGUGUUCCAUGUUAAAAACAAGGCAUUUUCCAUUGUUACAGAGACGCUUUUCACCAUUCCUCCAUUACCCAACACUGAUAUAUCUGAUCCUGCCAAUCAGGAACUUGAUUGUAGUUGGAACUAGACACUGCAAGGUCGAUCUCCAGGAACAGGGUUUGGCAUCACUGGACUAGAGAGAUCUGCAGUUCCUUAGAUACUCUUGUGGAACCUUUGGCCAAAACGGCCUGGAUAUUUUGCCUUUGGGUCCUUGGGGAAUGUUUGGCAGUCUGGCCACACCUGAGAAGAGUUCAGUGAUAGCUUAGAAGAGUGGUUCCCAACCCUGGUCCUGGAGAACGCCCAGCUCAAAACACAUCUGAUGCAACUAAUGAGCUUAUUAACAGCCCCUUCCUGAGUAGUAGAGAUUGUGUUAAAGCAGGACAACAUUAAAAUGUGCAGGGCAGGGGCUGAACCAGGUCCAGGGUUGGGAACCUGUGUCUUAGAACAUGGUUCAAAAUGGUUUUGUAAGCCUUUUCCAGGCUGAUCUAGUACAUCUACAGCUCACCUCUUUUGGAUUUGCUUUUGGUCUGGUGAGAAGUUUUAGCUUUAGGGAGGUUCACAUUCAGAAGGGCUGGCUUCAGUUUGAUUCAUGGGUUAAAUGAAAUUUGGUUCACUGUUACUCAGAUUUACAUACUUGGCUAUAGAUUACUUGAGUAGCUAAGGGGAUGGUUACUUUUUCACAUGGAUAAUGCGCAUGUUAGAUAACUUUGCUGCCCUUAAAUAAAUAAAAUAUUAAAAAUUGUUUUGGUGGCAUCCAUCGGCAUACUAUGAAUUACACUGUUUUUGCAUCACUUGACCUCUUUACUGUAAAACAAUGCAUUUUAAAACUGAAAUGCUGAAUUCAUGUCAGAAUUGAACACAAACUACUUUAAAACGUAAAGUCACAGCUAUUACUGCUUUCCACUGUCCAGCACUAUAAACAACAUUAAAUCAGUGUAAUGGAUCUGCAUGUUAGUAAAUGCAAUCUCUGAGUUCACUGCAUUUCACUGUGCUAGCUCUAUAUCAAUGAGGCAAAUGCAUUUCAAGUUCAAAAAAGAGGUGAAAACAGUGUAGUAGAGGUUUUGUUUUUCAUUUUGGCAUGUGUCAAUGUGAUGUGUACAAUGCAUUUCAAAGUUUUCGCUGUUUAUUUCAGUGAGAGAAAUCUGUUUAAGGUACUGCACGGUGUAAAGCAGUACAGCUGUGCCUUCAUUAAUUCUUGAACUGGAUUGUGUCCAAUUCUGACACCAAUACAGCCUUUCAGUUUUAAAAUGCAAACACUUCUGCAUUGUUUUUCAGUAAAGACAUCAAGCAAUGUGAAAAUAAUGUAAUAGAAGUAUUUGUUUUUCAUUUCCUUUUGUGUAACAGGGUGAGAGUGUUGUAAAUCUGAGAAGCCCCCAAUUUGAGUAGAUAUCACACUAGGGAGACACUUAUGGGAAUUCUGAGAUGAUGCCGAUGUCUGAUGUUUUUGUUUACAUAUGUAACAAUGUUGUGGCCAAUGGAAACUUGUUUAUAAAAUGUAGAACCUGAGACUGAAUCCUCCUGGAUUGCCAGAAAAAUUUUACAUUUAUUUGUAGAGUUCUGUUUUGGUGUGAACUUACUUUUGUUAUUUAACCUCUAGAAGGCACGUAAUUUAAACUGAAACUUUUGAACUGCUUUUUUGUUUAGUUGUUUUGCACAAAAAAAGAAAAUAUGAUUAAGGCACCACCAUCGUUGGUGCAGUAAGUGAUUAUUUGAUUUGAAUGCUUUGUUCAUAUUUGUACUCAACAGCAAAAGAAACACAUCCCUACCUUCAGUGCUCCUUUAGAAGCUCUGUCCCCAAAUUCAUGGACAUAUGAAUUCAUGGGCAAACGACACUAACUUAUUUUGCUGCUUCACAGAAACAACAAGUCCAGUAUUGUUUUGUUUUAAUGUUUCCUACCUGUCCAGCAGAAAAAGAGCAGCCUCCACAUUCCUUUUUCAUGCCUUUUACCUCUAUAUGAAGUUAAAGUCAGAUUCUCAUUUUCCAACAUCUUAUUCAGAUUUUUCCAUUCCAACUUAAAUGGUGCAGCACUUACAUUCCGGCACCUCAAGUUCUUGUCCGAAUUUUUUUUCGUUUCACCUUAAGUAUUGCAGCAGAUACAUCCCAUUGCCUCAGCUUCUUGAUUGAAUUUUCGAGUUCUACCUUCAAUUAAACUGCUGCACCAUUUAAGGUGGAACCGAAAAAUGUGAAUAGGAAGCCAAGUUGACCUACACUGAGAGGUCUCUCCACCGUUGAAAGGUGGUGUUAGGAGUCUUGCCCAAGGACUCUUAUUGGUAUAGUGUAGGGUACUUGCCCUGCUGGGGGAUUGAACCCCAGUCUACAGCGUAGAAGGCAAAGGUGUUAACCACUACACUAACCAACCACACCACUACACUAACCAACCAAUUAAUUGUUAUAAUUUUCCCUUUCCACCUUAAAUAGAGCUGGAGUUGCCUGGUACCUCAGCCCUUUGUUUGAAUUUUUCCAUUCCAGUUUAAAUGUUGCAGCAGCAACAUUCUGGCGCCUCAGGUUAUUGUUCAAAUUUUCCUGUUCAGUUUAAAACAAAAAUAGUUUUUUCCUUUGUAAGAAAUAAAAGUUCAGCUUAAAUGUCUCUAUCUGGUAGAAGACCAAUAAACUGAUGUGUUAAUUUGUAA